AUGAAUACUACUGCGGAUCCCGUCAAUGCGUCGUCGGUGCUUGCGGUCGCUCCGCUGAUGGUGCCACUGCUUCUGCGCGCUCUUCUCAUUUUCCAGCUGAAGUUGGAGGCACUGUGCCGCGACUUGUCUUAUUUCCACCAGGCUGUAGAACGGGGUGGCCAAGUCUUCCAGUGCUGUGACCUCUUGCUCUGUAUCCACUCGGCUACCCAGCCCGUGCAAUUGUGCGUCGGUAUAACGACACCGUGCCAAUUUAUGGCCGAGAUUGCCACAGCGUAG